AUGAAAAAAAGAGAGAGAGAGAAAUUGGGAGUGUGGAAGCAAAAGCAGUCUAUCACUCUCAUCAGCUAUAAAUGAAAAAGGUUAAAUUUUUUAUUUUUGGGUGUGGGAGUUUCUGCACUUUCUCACACACAAACUCUCUCCUCCAGAUGAGCUUCAAAGCCCACCAGUGACUUUUAUCUAAAAAAUUUCCCUUUUUUCUCUCUCUCCCUAUCAUCUUUCCCCCUAAAAAAACUCUGUUCCCUCUUUCUCUUUCUCUUUCUCUUUCUAUAUAUAAAGCUUAUGCAAUUAACUCUCUGGCGUUACUGAAGCAUCUAUGAGAUCUACUGUCCACACUGAAUUCAUGGAUUCAAUGAGAUUUCCUACGAAUUAAGCCAGUACGGAAAACCCAGGCGAGGGGUGGCACAGAAUAUUCUUUUCGGAGCAGGCACUAAAUUAAUAAGUUAUCAAGAUCACUCUAGAGUGCCAUUCAAUUGGCAUUCAUUCUAAGAAUGCUAAGGAAGAUAACCACAGCUAUCGUUCGAGGAUUUUCGUGGCGUUAGGACUGAGGGAUUGAGCACAUAUAAUGUGCUAGAAGGAUAUUUGUUGAAGCAAGGAUGGAUGUUCAUGUUAUAUUUGCACAAUAUAAUGGAACAGGGGUUAUUUACAAUGGAUGAUUUUUGUUCUUUUUUCCUUUUUUCUUCGGUUGUAGAAAUUUUUACUUUCUAGUUAGUAAAAGAGUGGUAGUUGCAGAGAACACAAACACCUGAUGUAAAUUGUUUAUCUCGAUGCUUAUUAGGAAGUUUGUAGUUUUCUGGACUUGUUAGCCACGCUUUACACACUGCUCCAUUCCGACUAUUUUGUGGAAAAUCUCCAUUUAUACCAUGGAAUCUACGACAUUGCAUACAACUCAUCAGUCGGGUGCUAUUCAUAGGUUUAUACCUUUCAUUGCACCUGCACUUCUAGUUUCAAUUAGUUAUGUUGACCCUGGAAAGUGGGCUGCAACUGUUGAAGGAGGUGCUCGGUUUGGCUUUGAUUUGUUUGUGUUAGUGCUUCUUUUCAAUCUUGCUGCUAUUUUAUGCCAGUAUCUCUCAGCUAGCAUUGGUGUGGUCACUGGAAGAGGUCUUGCCCAGAUAUGCAACGAGGAGUAUGAUAAGUGUACAUGUUUCUUCCUGGGAAUCCAAGCAGAGGCUUCUGUGAUUCUGUUAGACCUUAACAUGAUCUUGGGCAUUUCAAAUGGACUUAAUCUUCUACUUGGGUGGGACCUCUUCACAUGUGUCCUUUUGACGGGUGUUGCUGCUGCUUUAUUUCCUCCUUUUGCUGACCUUCUGGAAGAUGGCAGGGCAAAGUUCCUCUAUAUAUGUAUGGCGGGAUUUGUACUGCUCUCUUUGGUUCUUGGAGUAUUAAUCAGUCAACCUGAAAUCCCACUUUCCAUGAAUCUCAUGCCGACAAGGUUAAAUGGGGAAAGUGCCUUUACUCUUAUGAGUCUUCUUGGAGCAAGUGUCAUGCCACACAAUUUUUAUGUGCAUUCUUCUAUUGUGCAGCAGCACCAGAGUCCACCAAAUAUUUCCAAAGAAGUUUCGUGUUAUAAUCAUUUGUUUGCUAUUUUCUGCAUAUUCAGUGGAAUUUAUGUGGUGAAUAACGUUCUCAUGAACUCAGCUGCAAAUGUAUUCUAUAGCAGUGGUCUUGCUUUGCACACCUUUACAGAUGCAUUGUCUUUAAUGGAGCAGGUAUUUGGGAGCUCAGUGGUAUAUGUUCUCUUCUUACUUGUUUUGUUUCUAUCAAAUCAAAUCACAGCUCUCACAUGGAGUCUUGGUGGUCAACUGGUUCUGACCAAUUUCUUAAAAUUAGAUAUUCCUGGUUGGCUCCAUUGUGCUACAAUUAGGAUUAUUGCCAUUAUUCCAGCACUAUGCUGUGUCUGGAGUUCGGGUGCUGAAGGGAUGUAUCAACUUCUUAUAUUUUCUCAGGUUAUGGUAGCUCUAUUGCUUCCAUCUUCUGUGAUUCCCCUCUAUCGUGUUGCUUCAUCAAGAACAAUAAUGGGUGCCCUCAAAAUAUCGCAGCUUGUGGAAUUUAUAGCAAUUGGUAUCUUUAUUGGAAUAUUAGGACUGAAAAUUAUAUUUGUUGUAGAGAUGAUUUUUGGUAACAGUGAUUGGGUAGUUAACUUGAGGUGGAACAUGGGGAGUGGUAUGUCAAUCCCAUUUGUGGUUCUUCUUAUUACUGCUUGUUCAUCGUUUUGUCUGAUGCUAUGGUUGGCAGCUACCCCAUUAAAAUCUGCUACUACUAUUGCCCAAUUAGAUGCUCAAGUAUUGAACUGGGAUAUGGCAGAGGUUAGACCCGAUUCAUCUGAAGAGAGGGAAAACAUAGAUUUGGGGAAAAGUUCAUACAGUGCCGAGCCUAUAGAAAGUCAUUCUGACCUAUCUUCAACAAAGUUUGAUUUUAAUUUGCCUGAAAAUAUUAUGGAACCUGAUCAGGUUCUUGGUUCAGUUAAUCAAAACGAGAAUCGAUCUAGUACUGUAGUUCCAAGCUCCCCAAAAUAUGUACAAGAGGAACUUGAAUCCACUGAGGAGUUAGUCUCAUCCUCAAUUGUGACUCACGAUGUUCCUGAUUCAACAUUGGCUGACAAAAAGGUCUUAAAAAUAGAGUCAGUGGAGGCCGUUGAAAAGACUGUUGGACUCGAUGGUGAUUUGCGUUCUGAGAAGGAUGAUUAUGAGGUUGAUAACUGGGAGGCUGAAGAGUCACUGAAAGAGAUCUCUGGGAAUAUACCAUCCUCAACAUCUGAGGGUCCUGGUUCUUUUAGAAGUAUUGGUGGGAGAAGUGAAGAAGGUGGGAAUGGAACUGGUAGUCUUUCAAGGUUAGCUGGCCUCGGGCGUGCUGCAAGGCGCCAACUUACUGGAAUUCUUGAUGAAUUUUGGGGACAAUUGUAUGAUUUCCAUGGGGUGCCUACUCAAGAUGCAAAGGUUAAGAAACUAGAUUUGUUACUGGGUUUUACCUCUCUGAAAUUGGAUGCUGUUGGUAAAGAUUUUCCUCACUCAUCACCUAUUGGAUGCAAAACAUCCGAUCCAAUUUCUUCUAGUUUGUACGACUCCCCCAAGAGUCAGAGGGUACAAAGUGGGUUAGAACCACCCUAUGGGAUACAAAAGGGGCACCAGCCAUUGUGGUCUAACCACAUGCAGCAUUGGGAUGCAUAUGUGAAUAAUUCUAGCCAUAAUGCUCUGGACUCUGGAGUGAAGCGAUAUUCUAGUUUGCGCAGUUUGCCUUCUACUGAGAGUUGGGAUUAUCAGCCUGCCACAGUCCAUGGCUAUCAGUUAACUUAUCUGAGUAGAAUGGCAAAGGACAGAAGUUCUGGUAAUUCGAACGGUCAGUUGGAUUCAUCAGGCUCUAAAUAUCAUACCUUGGGUGGUGGUGGUGCAGGCUUGCGAGACUCAGUUGCAUUUGCAAUGGGGCAAAAGUUGCAAAAUGGCUUGGGUGCUUGUCAGCAGGCGGCUCCCCCAGGUUUUUCCAACAUCACAGUAUCCAGGAAACCUUCUUCCGAAUCUGAAAGGAAAUAUUAUGAUCAUUCUCUUUCUGGAACUGGUGAGAAUUUAGUGAGUGUAUCUAACACAAAGAAAUACCAUAGCUUACCGGAUAUUCACCGUGAUCAGCACACAUCAGAUAAGAGUUCUCAGUGGGAUAAUGUGAGUGGUUAUGGAACAUCUAUUGGUAGAAUAACAGCUCGUGGAGUGUCCACAAAUUCUGGAUCAAGAUUAGUUUCUCCUUUAGCAUUUGAUGAACUAUCUCCUGCAAAUGUCUACAGUGGUGCAUUAUCACCACAAAUGAAUCCUCAUCUGGAUUCUGGAUCUUUCUGGCAUAGACAGCCUUCUGAGCAAUUUGGCUUGGACAAAAAUAGCAACUCCGAGAGUAAAGGAAUUGGGAGGCUGCAUUCAAUUAGUCACGAAGCUUCUUUUGUUGUUAAUUCAGAGGCCAGGCUUCUCCAGUCCUUCAGAGACUGCAUUGUCAAACUUCUGAAAUUAGAAGGAUCAGACUGGUUAUUUGGGCAAAGUGAUGGUGCUGACGAGGAGCUAAUUGAUUGUGUAGCUGCCAGGGAGAAAUUUCUUUAUGAAGCUGAGGCAAGGGAGAUGGGUCGGGUGGUCCGCAUGAAAGAAUCUCCUUCAUUUUCUCCUGAUAGGAGACCAGGUUCUGGAAUGAAGAAUGAUACAAAUUUCUCCAAUGUUUCUAUUUCCUCUGUACCUCAUUGUGGAGAAGGCUGUAUUUGGAGAUCAGAUUUGAUUGUAAGUUUUGGUGUAUGGUGCAUUCACCGUAUUCUAGAUCUCUCACUUAUGGAAAGUCGGCCUGAACUAUGGGGAAAAUAUACCUAUGUACUCAAUCGUCUUCAGGGUAUUAUCGAUCCUGCAUUUUCGAAGCCUCGUAUACCGAUGCCACCAUGCUUCUGCCUCCAAAUUCCCCAAGCAUUCCAGCAGAGGUCAAGCCCACAAAUUGCAAAUGGAAUGUUGCCUCCUGCUGCAAAACCUGGCAAGGGAAAAUGCACCACUGCUGCAAUGCUUCUGGAUAUGGUCAAGGAUGUGGAGAUAGCCAUCUCUUGCCGAAAAGGUCGAACUGGUACAGCAGCCGGCGACGUAGCUUUCCCAAAGGGGAAGGAGAACUUGGCUUCAGUCCUCAAACGCUACAAGCGCCGAUUAUCCAAUAAACCAGUUGCCACUCACGAAGUAUCAUCUAUUUCACGCAAGAUUUCAGCAACAUCCGUUCCUUAUAGCUCAUAGUAUUUACCCAAAAAUGGUGAUCAAAUCACCCAGCUGUUUAAUUUUGGAAAGCAGCUCAUGGUUUGGAACGAGAUGCCCUCGUCUUGGUCUUUACUCUCUCUCAAAACAUGUAUCAAGGCUCUUUGCUGCGAAUUUUCUUCUCACAUGUUAAAAUAUGAUUAGGAUGUGACUCAAUGGACCCUUAGUUGCAGCAAAACUCAGGAAACUGGUGCAAACACACAUGGAAAGUUGAUUGUUAUGAUGGUUGCACUACUUACUUGUAUCAAAGUAAUUGCUGGAGGAGAGAUCACAAGGUGACUUUGAAAAGUUGAAAAAAAAAUGUUAGUAUAUAGCAGACAGAGCUAAUGUGCUGUAUAUAUUGUCUGUGCAAAACUUUCUGAAACAUUUCAAAUCUCUUUCCACAAAAGCUAUUCUAGAUCUUGCUGUUUGUUGUUAGAUCAUGCAGAAACUUUCUUCUGUUGCCCGUUUCGGUGAGUCAAAAGAUAACUACAUACUCUAGGGUUUUUUUUUACUGUGUUUUUGUCAAUUCAGAUCAUCUGAAUUGGUUCAUAUCUAGAUAUUCUAUGGUCGGUUUCUGGGUUUUCUUUCUUUGGGAACUGAAAAGUUGUUUGAAUGUUUCUAGGUAGCCACUACAAUGUUUUGUGGUUAAAAUUUUAUUAUUUGGUUUAUCAUUUUGUCAAUGGAAUUGGUUGAUGGAAAAUGCAGAAAACAGGCCAUUUGGGAGUUUCCCUCUGUUAAGGAGACAUUGUAUUAAUAAUGGAAGUGAACUUCCACAUGGAAGGUCUCUGUUUUCA